ACGAGGUUGAAGUAAACAUGGAGCUAUCCGCUGUUGGAGAGCGAGUCUUCACGGCCGAGUCCAUCAUCAAACGACGCAUAAGAAGAGGUCGAAUGGAAUACCUUGUGAAAUUGAAUGGCUGGUCUAAAAAAUAUAGCACCUGUGAACUGGAGGAAAACAUUCUAGAUGCGCGCCUCUUCGCUGCAUCGAGGAGUUCUGGAGAGCAGUCAGCGGUGUCUUGGAGGCCUCGUCUGGAUAACGUUGAGAAGGUGGUGGUCACAGAUGUGACAACAAACUUUUUGACAGUCACCAUCAAAGAGAGCAGCACAGACAAAGGUUUUUUCAAAGAUAAAAGAUGACUUCAUUUCAAUAUCUGCUUCACAUAACAUGACUAACAAUGCAACAGCUAUUUGUAAGAAGUUGGUAAUC